AUCCUGCCAUUAGGAUAAAAGCCCCAGGCUCAGCUCUUCUGCUCCCACUGGCAGUGGCCCAGUUUAUAAUGUGAGGCAGGUCUGGGUUUAGUAGAGAUUGUGUCUCUCCUCUGCAUUACAGAGGUUUUGUAUAAGUAUUUAUAGGUUCAAAAAAAGGAGGAGAUAAUGUGGUGCUUAGAAGUUUGGCUCAUGCCCUGGGUUCAAUGACUAUGGUGAGCCAAGUAAGCUAGAUCUGAGAAAGUAAAAUGAGAUGAGAAGUCUUUAACAGACAGUGCUACAAGAGAAAGGAGAAUUCUAUGUGUGAAAUAAGGAACCCUGAGCAAGUCUAGGAAAAGCAGUCUUAAAAAUAAUUUAAGGUUCAAGUCUGUAAGUUGGAACCAGCUGUAAGCUGGCAUGUGCUCAUGAGUGUACUGAGUGAACUGAGUGUACUGCUUUGUAUACAGCACAGGUUGGGGGAAACCAAACAUAGCAUGGGUGGAAAAAUCUUUACCCUGCUGGGAUUUUUCUCAUGAGGCACUCUUGUAAUGUGCAAAUGCUUGCUUUCCCACACAUGGUGAUCCUCUUGUUGAAUUAAAACGUUAUGAAAAUCACCAUGAGACAUUUUUGAUUUAUGACUUGAAGAGGCCGGUUUUCUGGAAGUUUUCUGGGAAACGUUAAGUAAUACAUCAAAUACCAACAAUUGCAGAAAAAGGAGCUGGAGUUUCAUAGAUAAGAGAACAGAUAAAUAAUAAUUCUAAAAAAAAAAGAGUAAAGGUGAUCAAAGUAUCAGAGAAGAGAGGGAACACUUCAGUGGAUAUUGAAGGGAAAGUCAGCAGAUUGAUCUAUCAACAAAAGAUUAAAUUAUUUUUUCUGAGCUAACUGUGGUAGGGACUGUCCUUUAUGUCAGCCUUUAAUGUUUGUCCAGUGCUCUGUCAGAACACUGGGGCCUAAAUAGGGAGUUCAGUGUUUUGGACUUACCCCUGGCUGAUUCUAGGAAGCUUUUUCUUACCCAUUUCUUGAACUUCAUUCAAGGUUCCCAACUCACCUCAUCCCUUGGCAUAGAGAACCAAAGGGCCUAACUGGGUUCUGCAUUGGUGCUGGAGAAGGACAAACUGCUCUCUCUAAGUGGGCGCAGCCAGCGCUGAUGAUGUCUCUCCCCGGGCCAUGUGGCUGUUCCGCAAGUUGAUCAAGUGCACCCUGCCUGACAGCCACCCGCUGCUGGACUUCAACGGCUACGGCUGCUACUGCGGCUUGGGAGGCAGCGGCACUCCAGUUGAUGAGCUCGACAGGUGCUGCCAGGUACACGAUAACUGCUACGGAGAGGCAAAGAAAUUGGACUCAUGCAGAUUCCUCCUGGACAACCCCUACACCAAGUCCUACAAGUACAGCUGCUCCAGCGGGGAGAUUACAUGUAGCAGCAAGAACGACGAGUGCUCCUCGUUCAUCUGCAACUGCGACCGCACCGCUGCCAUGUGCUUCGCCAACACGCCCUACAACCCCGAACACAAGGAUCUGGAUAAAAAGAAAUACUGCCAAUAGUCUCCCUCCUGCCCCUCAGGGCGGCCGCAGGACUUAAAAACCACCUCAAUAAACGCCUUACAUCAA